UGGAAGCGUCAUUGCUGUUCAAAUGUAUUAUUUAAUGUUUUGCAUGAACAUGUCUCUAAAUGAGAACUGAUCACCCUGGAAAGUAACCUUCUUUCUUCUAUUUAUUUGUUAAAUACGCCCAGCAGGAAUUCCAGUCCCAGUGUAUUUUGGAGUGGCCAUAGUUACCACCUGCCUGAAAUGGAGAAACAAAAGAUGUGGGGGAAGAGGAGCGUGCAGAAUGUAUGACUCCAGUGCACUCAGGCUGUAAUCUAGUUCUUCUCACCAAAACAUUCUACCUACCAUUCUACCAUUCAAAUUAGCACAAGCUGACAGAGGAAGGACUAAUGCUACCCACUAUUUGCCACACUGGCCAUUCAGUAAAGAAAUCAAUCAUGACAGUGGAAACUGAAUCCAGCAAUGUCCAUGACCCACAUCCAGAAACAGAACCUGAUCAGCUCUUGGAUGACAAAGCAAGCAAAAAUCUACCAGACAAAAAGAAGACUUCCUGUUGCACUGGUUUGAAGGCAUUUCUUGCUGCUUUGUCAUUCAGCUACUUGAGUAAGACAUUGUCUGGUACAAUUAUGAAGAGCUCCAUCACUCAGAUUGAACGGAGGUUUGACUUGACAUCCUCUACUGUUGGUUUCAUUGAUGGGAGCUUUGAGAUGGGUAACUUGCUGGUGAUUGCCUUGGUAAGCUACUUUGGAGCACAACUUCACAGACCCAAAGUAAUAGCUAUUGGAUGCUUUACUAUGGCUCUGGGAAGUCUUUUAACAGCAAUGCCUCAUUUCUUCAUGGGAUAUUAUAACUAUGAAGCAAUAAAACCAGGUCUUUCAGCCAGCCUACCUUCAAGCACAACCCCCUGCUCCCUACAUCAAGAUGUAAAUGAAACCUUGUUGGAAUCAUCCCUGUCAGGCUGUGGGAAGGAGCCAUCAUCAUAUAUGUGGAUAUAUAUCUUGCUGGGAAACAUGUUACGUGGAAUUGGUGAGACACCAAUAACACCACUGGGAAUCUCUUAUCUUGAUGAUUUUGCUAGAGAAGAGGAUGUGCCUGUGUAUGUAGCAUGUUUGCACACAAUAGCCAUGUUGGGCCCAAUGUUUGGUUUCCUGUUGGGAUCUUUAUGUGCAAGACUGUACGUGGAUAUUGGAUUUGUGGAUUUAGGAAGCAUACUACUCACCCCGCAGGUAUCCCGCUGGGUGGGUGCAUGGGGGCUUGGCUUUUUAAUAGCUGGAGUAACCAGUUUCCUAGCUGGCUCUUCAUUUUGCUUCCUGCCAAAGAGUCUGAAAAAGCCAGAGGAAGUCAAUAAUGACAAAACUGUGCACGGCCUCUUGGAAAGCACAAGGAAGACACUUCCUUCUGAAAAACUUAAGUCAAGGAAGUGGUCAGUAAUGCUGAAAGAUUUCUAUACCUCCCUGAAAAAAGUAAUGAGUAAUCGAAUAUACAUUACAUUUUUGUGUUGCUCACUGUUACAGUUCAAUAGCUUUAUUGGUUUCUUGACUUACAAACCAAAGUACAUGGAACAGCAGUAUGGCCAGUCUGCUUCGAAAUCUAACUUUCUAAUAGGACUGACAUCCUUACCUCCUGUAAGCAUUGGCAUUUUCCUAGGAGGGCUCAUAAUGAAAAAGUACAAAAUGAACAUCCAUGGAGCAACCAAAUUUGCAUUUUCUAUGUCAUUUGUGGCCUAUGUCAUUAGUCUCUUGCACUUUUUCGUUGGUUGUGAGAACCACAUGGUAGCAGGAAUGACAGUGUCCUAUGAAGGCAAACCCAUUUCAUACCAUGAGAACAACGUAUUUCCUGAGUGCAACUCUGACUGCAAAUGUGCCCCUAAUGUGUGGGAUCCUGUGUGUGGAGACAAUGGAGUCACCUACAUUUCAGCCUGUCUAGCUGGGUGCAUGGCAUCGGUGGGACACGGAAAGAACACAGUCUUCCAUAACUGCCGCUGUCUUGAGGUCAGCAGUUCAUGGACAGGAAAUAACUCUGCCACAUUGGGUCUGUGUCCAAAAAGUGAAGAUUGUUCAAUGAAGUUUAUUUAUUAUACAGUCAUACAAAUAAUAAGCGGCUUUUUUUACGCCUUGGGAGGCACUCCAUCAUACAUGAUUAUGUUUAGAUGUGUUCAACCAGAGCUGAAAUCUCUUGCAGUUGGUCUAUACACCCUGAUUAUGAGAGUGCUAGCUGGGAUUCCAGCACCAGUUUACUUUGGUGCACUGAUAGACAUGACAUGUUUGAAAUGGGGAAGUACAAAGUGUGGGAAGCAAGGGGCUUGCAGGCUGUACAACUCCAAUGCAUUCAGGUAUGUCUAUCUUGGUUUGCCAGCAGUGUUAAGAGGUCCUACCUACUUGAUUGCAAUUGUUUUUUAUAUGAUGAUAAAGAAAAACUAUCAAAAUAAGAAUUCGAGGCCUGUGGAGGAUGGAGGAAGAGAAGAUGCUUCUCUGAAUAAAGAAGAUAACUGCAAAAUCAAAGAAUGUGUGCCAGGGUCCUCUGAGGCAGAGAAUGAAUCAAGUAUUUAGAAAGGCAUUCAGACCAGUGUCACAUGAAUCAGGACAAUGUCUUUUAGAAACAACUUUCACAAUGUUUUGAAUAACUAAAUAAUAGCACUGCUCAGAAAUAAAACCAAAAGCAAGCCUGUGACCCACAGUGACGAGAACUAGCAUACAAGUAUGAAAGUGCCUUAUAUGUACCUGGCUAUCAGCAGCAAAAAGAACAAGUUAGAUGAACUGAAGCAAAUACUUAGUAGGUAAAGGAAAGCCUUCCUUUCUGUCACAGCCAGUCUACAAUUUCUAAAGAAGUCAAAAGAUGCUGACAGAACAGCCACUUACCAAAGGCCCAUAAAAUGUGAUGCUGUUCUAUAUACAGAUCCACAUGGUAAACAGCCUUCUGUCUUAUCUAAAAGAAUCAUUGCAACAGUUUCUCAUCACAUGAUCCAUAGCAGCAGUAUUUUUCCAAGAAGCAUUUUAUCUUAGCUCAGCUGAAAACUUCCCCUACUUAAAAUUAGAAAUACCUUGCCAUAAAGCAAACAACUGGUUGGUUGGGUUUUUCUUUUGUUUUGCGGUUUUCUUUUUGUUGUUUUUAAAAGUAUACAUAAUCUCGGCGUUACGGCAUUUUAUUUAAAAAUAAGGCUUUGUGGGUUUUUGUUUGGUUUGGGCUUUUUUGGGUAGUUAAGUGACUAUGCAACGUAAGCAGUAUGCUAAAUUUUGGUUCACAGCUUUCUCGCUAUACCAUGUAUUGUCCAGCAGAGGGCACUCAAACAAUAGCAUUACUGCUAUGACUACAGCAAACCCCCCGUACUUGUGUUCAGUCUUCACUAUUCUGCGAGAAGUCCAUCGGGCAGGCAAAACAUUCAUCUCUGUUUUCACGCACCUUAAAAAAGUUCUCAUUUCAGGCCUUUAGCUGAUAUAUUCAAAGCUGCUUUUGUAUAUUUGUUUGUUGGUUUGUAUUAAUAGUACUUGCAUCAUUCAGAGCUUGACAAUUGUUACCACUUUAAAUAAAAAGAUGUACCUACACACCA